UUCUGCUUUCUAAUAAAGCUCUUCUAUUAUUAUUACAAAUUGGAUAUAUAACAAUGAAGCGAACAAUGCGAGGACCUUUUAUGUUCAUUCUUGGUGUGAUUUUUUCCGGAUUUUUAUUCUCCAUGAUUUAUUUAAAAGAUAAUAGAAUUAGAGAUUAUCAGAAUAGCGAAGCAGUAAUGGAAAAGCGGGUCCAGAGAAGUUCAAGGGUCGAAUUAGUAAAAUCUGUAGAUAAAUGUGAUUGUGUAUCGGCAAAAUCUGGAAAAACCUACAAUUUCUGCUAUAAAGAUCCACAGAAUGCAAAUUCUGUUGGCAAGAAAUUCAGCUGCGAUCAUUUGCCGAUUUUGGAAAAACUAAGUAUCUUAGAGCCUUCGGGAUCAUUUGUCGAUCUCACCGACGUAGCUGAAAAUUCUAAAAAUUUGAUUUUCGCAUCUGCAGCAUCCGAUGAUCACUAUCAAAAUGAAGUUGGCACGAUUUCAGCGAUUUAUAAGUAUUAUCCGGACGCCAAGUUCAUAUUAUACAGUCUUGGACUACAAGCGGCCAACAUUUCCAAGCUAAAAUCCAUGUUUAAAAACCUAGAAGUUCGAGUUUUCAAUACAACCGGCUACCCGGAUUAUACGAAUCAUUGGAUGGAGUAUCGGUUUAAGCCACUACUCCUGGCGGAACUCCUGAGAGAGCAUUCGAAUAUUUGGUGGAUGGAUGCACAUUUGUCAGUGAAGAAGCCUAAUAUGGUGGAGCUGAUGAUGAAGGAGGUUGCGGACAAUACUAAGAAAGCUGAGACAAAAGUGCCAGUCUCCAUAUACUUCUUCAUUUAUUCCAGCCACAGUAACUUUGCCACAUUAAACACAGCUCUGCUGGACUACUUCCCAACAAAUUCGAUAGGCCUUCUGAAGGACCCGAACCUCGGAUCCCAGAUGGGCCAAAAAAUGUCAGCAAAAGUGCUAUGGAAAAAGUGCUUCGAAUCGAUAAAAACAGUGGCAAAAACGGUUCCGAGCGGCGCUGAAAAUUCGAUAAAAGGAGUGAAUAAUGCGACUUCAAAAAUGCGUGCCAGCGUCGAUGAAAUUAUGAAGAACCGUGUGGAAAAACAGAAAUUAGCCGAAGAAUCUGAAAUGGCAAAGCUGAAAAAGUCUCUGGAAGGCGUCUCUCAAGCAAAUUCCGACUUAAAAAUGAAGAACUUGAAUCUUUUAAUCGAGACGUCAGAUUUGAAAUCAAAAUCGGAGCACACAAUUUCGACAAGCGAACAUCAGAAAAUUGUCUCAAAAUUACACGCCGAAAUCGAAAAUCUGACAAAAUCCAAAGAAUCGCGCUUUGAAUCUCUCAAAACCAUAUUCAGUUUCCCGAAACGAGAUGUGGAACCUGGAAACUCUGUUCAAAAAUCUGUGUCGAAAUUGGAUUUAUUCAAGAGAUGUUUCGAGAUUUUCAGUGCUUACGCGAUAGCCGACCGCCUCGCCAAAACACUAAAAAAGGGCAUCUUCCUCAGUCCAUUGGUCGUCAUUGGAGCAAUCUUCCGAAAAUUGACGAUGAAAAAGUAGAACAUAUUUUUAUCAAUCUAAAAACGUGUGCAAAGUUUUAAUAAAUAACGAGUAAAUUCUG